AUGGAGAUGGAAGACGAAGUUAUGACAGAUAUAGUAGCGCCCAGCUGGGAGCAUCCACACUUCGACUCUUACCGUACGAACAUCGACGAUUUGAGAGUGGUCUUCGCUUGUGAGGAAUUCGGGGAGAUGCUAGGGAUCUGCGAUGAAACAUGUGAAGCGGUAAAGAAACAGAUCCUCGAGGAUGAACAAGAAAUUUCUCUCCCCGCCCUCAAAUUACUCAUAGGCUUUUCAGAUUGCGACCUUACCUACUCCCUUGUCACUAAAAUAAGGGGUCUAAAGUUCCUUUCCUUGGUUUGCGCCUUGACCACGGCGUUCACACCGCAGGAAUGUGCGCAGAUGUUGGCAAAGCUGAUGAAAUGCCAUCUCAAGCGAGUUGAGGAACGAUAUCCUACAACUGAAGACUUAUUGCCGUUAAUCUCUUCGAUAAAUGCCAGAUGUCAGCUUUCCGGAUUUUCUGAGCACGUCGCGAAUUACGAGAUACAGAUCAUCCACUGUCUCCGCGAUCGACGCCAUGAUGCUGCCUCAACUCGCCGACUAGAAAGGACCCCUGAUGUUGAUGCUGUGAUCAAGAUAGUUACCCUCAUGAAAAACUUACAAGACAAUACCCCAGGUCCCGGUCUCACCCUCAAAGCCUUCAGCAUCCAAGCCGGUCUCUGCGCCCCUUGGAUUGCAGCCUUUCUCCACUGGUGGUACAACAAGGAAUCCAUGAUCUACCUCGAAGACGACUCCCCCAAACAAUGCCAAAAGCUGGUUCACGGUUUCACCAAAGUCGGUCUCAAACUCAUAUUCCCCAUCGAUGAGUACUCCCCGCAAUACAUCCGCAUCAGGGAGCUAUACUCCGCCUCCGUAUGGAAAAACUGGUACUUCGGUCUCGGCAAAGCAAAGCAGUACACCAGUUUCGUCUCUAUCCCUACCUUCUUCCGCCUCACACUCUGCGUCUUCCGCCUCGAUCGCGGACAACCCAGACGCGCCGCCGUGGAAGCCCUCCCAUUUGCACUCUCAGAGGCGUGGAAGGGCCUGACGAUGUGCUCCGGACCCUGCGUGGCCCGUGAUCGCUGGGGCGCCCCGUGUAUCCACGAGGGGCAACAGGCCCGGCUGCGGAAACAGCAAAUUCCGGAAUCUUCUCGUGUUGCGGAGGCGUCCCACGCGAUAUACACCACUAACUUCGACCCCUUUCCCUCGCGCCAAGAUAUCAAUCGCGUGCUGCAGCUUGUCCCCGGGUGCGAGGGACAGCAUAUGCAGGAUCUACGGAGCAAGGAGAUGGGGACGCCAAUUCAUUUCCACGGCGCGGUGGCUGCGUUUUUGGAACUUCGGGUUUUCGAGGCGGAGCGUCUGGAGUGGGCAAAUGCGUUGUUCAAGAGCCAGUUUACGCCGCUGCUGGAACCCGGGGUGACGACGUUGUUUAAAGAGCAGAUCGCGCAUUUGGUGGCUUUGGUGCUGGCGUUGGCGCUUUUCGAAGGGGUGGAGGGGUUGAGGGUUAGACCUGAUCCAAUGGUUUGGAGGAGGAAGGGGGUAAGGCCGAGUACGGUUAUUUCGGCGAUUUUUAGGGUUUUUAGGAAGAAGAAGGGGUGUUGUGAUGUUGAGGAGUGGCAUCGUGUUUGUAGGAUUUUGGCUGGAGAGUUGAGGGCGGAUGUGGAUGAUGGGGAGAUUUGGCAGGAAAAGGGGGAGGAAACGCCAGAAAAGUGCAGUGGGCGGGAUAAUACGAUUAUUUCGUGCGAUGGUGGACAGGUAGUGUGGCCCGCUGUUCUGUUCCAGGACGAGUUUCCUCAGGAUGGAGAGAGCUAUCUGAAGCUUUGCUGGCGUCGUGGAAACUUGUAUGACCAGGAUAAUCUUAGGCGGUACGACAGAGUAGUGGGCUCGGACUCGAGAACAGUGCCUCACAAUAUACCUCGGAAGGUGUUUGAGAUCCCGUCUAGACUGACAAAGGACAAUAUGUUAGCAAGCGGGAACCAUAUUACACUUGAACGCGAGGAAGGGUCUCAGGGGAUCUUGAAAUGCGCCUUGAUAUGGAGCUUAGACUCAGGUGGAGGUACAGGCAGUGGGAUACACGUUGAUCCAAGUGGCAUAAUCAAGAACCUAGCAUCAGCGGAACGAAUAGAGGCGUGUAUUCACUCCCACGACGCACCAAUGAAUAAUCCCAUCCACAUGAAUAUAUACACAACCGAUCAUGGUCCCAUAAUCAGCACUAGUGGCAACAGCACGUCCUCGCUCGCUGACGUGUACCUAUGUGCCCCUGACGAUGCACUGCCGUGGUAUUGGGACUGGGCCAGCAGAAUCAACCAGAUGGAUCACCAGAAAGAUGAUCAGGGGGUUGAACAGAAACGCUUAAACGCACUCUUGGAGCACGUACGCAGUGGUACCGGGUCAAAACCUGGAGCUGUGGCAGCUAUACGGUCAGAAGGCGACGAGAAAAUCCAAAUUUUUGCGCUCACGAAACCAGUUGGGGCACAUGUCGUGGUUAGAAAGCGGGCGUGUGUGGAGUGUUGCGUUAAGUAUUGUAUGGAUAAUGGAUUUGACAUUCUGGUGCUGUAA